UCGAUGUAGUGUGAUUUCGUUUGCAGCUUCAUCAUUUGGGUCAUUCUACAUGGCAGGCAAUGGAACAGUUAAAUUAUUGUGAUAUAAUUGAUGCCUUCACAGAUACAUGUAUUCUUACCCUUUUACUGAAUAUCAUUUCAUCUCUGCAAAUUUGUCACUCAGUAGCUUGUCAGAAAAAUGUAUGUUCGAUCCGUAAUUCAUUAAUGAACGACAGCUUGUUCUUUUUUCACACUCACCGCCCUCUUAAUUCUGCACUCCCAAAUGGCUGGGCAGCAUGUUUAUUUAUUGGAGUUAAUGUAGGUCGGCUUAGACGCCUUAAAUUCUUCUGGGAAGUUGAUUGCAACUUGUAAUGCGAAUUCUGAAUUCUUCUUAGAAGUCGGCAGCAGCUUGAUGCAUGGGACAGGGUUUGCACGUGCUGUAGUAUUCUACAUUCUUGAGAGAGGCGGUGGAUUGUUUAACAAUCCGAACUCACCAAGCACAAACAAGAAAGCAAUGAACCCCGUACAUAAUCGGAUUCCCAUUCCCAGAGAAGUGUUAGAAAACAAACGGCAACAAAUGUCGUCCAUGGAUGGAGCAAGUUCACGCCAUUCGACGAAGGGCAAAGACAAAGAAGCAGUAGAGCCAGAAGAGCUUGCAGAAAUCCCUAUUACAAUUUUGCCAGAUAGAAACUCUUUGACGAGGUUUCGCAUUGAAGAUAUGUUGAGAAAUAUCGAGAAAAAGAGAAAUUCAGUUCAAUUCUUCUCCUUCAUGCGACCUAGUUUUACGAUCAACAGUUUCUUUUCAAGGUAUAUGAAACCUGAGAUUGUAUCAAUCGGUCCUUUCAAUAGCAAGGAAAGCAACCAUCUGCUUCAGUUCGAAGAAUGCAAAUGGUUCUUUCUUCACAAGUUCCUUCGCCGGUGUGAGAAAGACCACAGAGACCUGGAGAAACUUCUUGUGGAAAUGCAGAGUUUAGAAGAUCUUACCAGAGAUUUUUACUCAGAUUAUAAGCAGAUCUCCGAGAUGCCGGUUGAAGACUUGAUCCUGAUGAUGUUGCUUGAUGGCGCCUUUCUCGUUGAGCUCUUGUGCUAUCUCAGAAGAGACGAUGAUCCCAUUGUCGUUCAGCCAUGCUUGAUUCCCGUUCUUGCUAGGGAUGUUCUUAAACUUGAGAACCAACUUACUUUGUUCGUUCUCACGUCAUUAUUCGGUCAAUCUGACAAAAAAUUUAUGAAGCUUGCCUUAGAAUUCUUCAAUCUUUACUGGACAGGACUCACAAUGAGCUUACCGUCCGAACUGCCUAAUUGUAGUCAUCUGCUGGAACUAUUUUACUGGAGUUCAGUUAAACCGCUCUCAGUCAACCAUAGCGACGAUCAGAAGUAUGCAUCUACACAUUCCAUGCAAUGCGUCACGGAACUGAAGCGAUCAGGAAUCAAGUUCAAGCAAAGCAAAGAAGCUGAAAGCUUUCUGGAUAUAAAAUUCAAGAACCGGAUUCUCGAAAUUCCAGCUAUCACAUUCAACGAAAUGUUGAAUUCUGUGCUCAUAAAUUGUGUGGCCUUUGAACAGUCUCGAGAAUUCCGCAUCAAGUAUUUCAGUAACUACGUCUCUUUCUUUUCUUGUCUCAUCAGCCAACCAAGCGACGUCUCGUCCCUUUUUCUUGAUGGAAUCAUCUCAAAAUUUUCUGAGGAUGACCAAUCCAUUGCAGAUUUCUUCAAUAAUCUUGGAAGAAAUAUCGGUUGUGUCAGAUACAGUUAUCUUUCAGUUGAAAUCAAGAAUGUUGAGGCCUGUUACAAGAGCGACCGGGCAAGUUUAUUGCGCAAUUAUUUCACUACUAAAUGGACAGUCCUCAAAGUUUUGGCUGCCUCUCUCCUCUUGGUGUUUACCUUCAUUCAAACUCUCAUAUCAAUUCUGAGUUACAUCCGUGACUUGAAAUAAUGUGGUAUUAGGAUAUGUGCCUCGAGUUUGUAUUUGUAUCCGUUGGUAUCCAUGGCAGCAUAAGCUUUGGUGACAUUAUGAGUGUGUUUAUGUCGUGUACCUGCUCAAUGAAGUGGGACACCUGGGUAAUGGUCAACCCCACUUUGUUGUGGCAGGUGCCUAUGAAUAAGUCUCUUAGAUCGAGUUGUUUGUUUGUUUAGUUUGAAUUAGUCAACAUGGUUGUUGCUUUUGUUGUUGUUUUUGAGUUUUACAUGCUUAUUUGUAAGAAAAGUUGUUUAAGCAGUGAAAUCCCAAACUUUCAUCCA